AUGUCCAUCCAGUUUGAAGUUUUACCGUCUGAAAUCAUCCACAGGGUCAUUUAUUGGCUUUCGGACGGCAGAAUAAGCGCAAAUGUUGUUCAUCCCGAAAACCCGAUCCCGUCGCAUGUUUAUGUUCAAAACAGUAUAGAGUGCGGCGACUGCUACGCCGAUUUGUUGUCUCUUUCAUCCACUUGCACAUCGUUGAGGCGAGUCGUGGGCGAGGUGAUAUUUCAAAAAAUGAGCUUGGUGAGGUUGAAUCAAGUUGACAGCAUACUUUGCAAUCCAGCGCUGCAGGAGUUAUACAGCGAUAAGAGGGCUUAUCAGAGGCAGUUUUUUAUUGAAUUGGUUGGCCGCAACGUUCUGAAUUGCAGGGUUGGCGAACCGGCAGCGAAAAAGGUUAAAUCCCCAGCUGAUGAGCUGGAGGAACCGCGAGCCCGCAAGAGCCGCUACGAAAAGGAACUAUGCAUGUGCUAUUUUGUUCGGUUCCUCGAGUGUGAUAACGACAUCUUGAAAAACGGGGAUCUCAAGAUAUUUCCCAAUUUGACGGAUUUGAAGAUCUUGGACCAGAGGCUCAGCUCGGCAAUUCCAGAGAGUGGGAGCAGUUUGACCAAAAUCAAGUACCUUGCAACGCACGCUCAAACGUUAUCGCUCUCGCCCGCGUUGUUGGAUACCGUUCCGAGUUUGAAGCGGCUCGAUCUUUUCCUCGAUUUCAGCAACGAUUUUUUGCUGAAUGGCGGUACAAGAAACAUCAUCAACAAGUUUGAGGCUGGCCCAAAUCAACUCGAGGACCUUUUUUUGAUCUUGGACAAUCCAUACACGAUCAAAUACUUGGAGACCAUUUCCUUGUUGAGGGCAAUAGCCAAAAAUGCAAAAUUGAAAAAGUUAAUGAUUCGGCUGAAAAGAAGAAAGAUUGUUUCGUCGUUGAACCAGAACCAGUCCUCGCUAAACCCCGGGUUUUCAGGUGACGAGAUCUUGGAAAUGUUUGGAGACCUUUCCUCCUUCACUGUCGACAUUCGCGUGUUGGACAUGCUAAAUUUCGACCCGUCGACUUUGGCGUUGAGGCUAGAGCUGGCAGAGAAGAAACCAUUGCAGGAGAGAAGACAUUUUGCAAUUGUUGACCGCGCCAUUGUCGGGCCCCACAUGUCGCAGAGCUUGCGAGAAAGCUUGAGUGCCGUUAUACGACUUGGUCAGUAUACGAGUUUUGGCUUUCAAUAUGGAGAAUCCUUGGAGGAGAGCCAUUUGCAUGUCCUCAAGAUUGUCACGGAUUUCGUCCAGUGGAUGAUCAACCAGGGCCAGGUGGGCUAUUGUGGGUUGCGGUCAAUCUCUAUCGAAAAAUGUUGGUCUGUAAGCGAUGACUCGGUUAUCCGCGAGUAUUUGAUGUCUAGUGACGGCAAGGAAAGAGCAAAAGCCAAAAAGGCGACUUUAUGGGGUAGGUACCCUUUUAAUUCUCCUAGGUUUCGUGUGACAGAUGCUUAUGCUAUUCAUUACACCAAAGAAACGGGCAGCUCCAUUUCUGACGCCAAUGGCUAUUUUAUUGGAGUUUCAGACCGCCCGUACAAUAAAGCCAAUUUCACCACGAGUCCAGAGCAUCUGAAAAACUUGGACCAGUUUUGGAGCUAUGAAGCUUCUUUGUGUGACUUUGAACAGUACUCUGUUCCUCAAAGAACCAGUUUGUUGAUAAAUUAG